GAACUUCGAAAGCGUACGGUUGGUUGGAGUGAUCGCAAUGACGAAACCAGUUGAGUAAUUACAUACAGUUAAAUGUGCCAAAAAGCACUCAAAUAGUGCAAAAAAAAAACCAUCAACCUUGAACAAGCAGAGCAGAGGAAGAAGAUUUGUUGAAAAAUAGUGCAGUGCAUUUUUCUUCAAUUCAUCGCGGAUUAACGGGUGUGUGACUAUCGAACGCAGACAGAACCGUAACUGUUGCUUCGGCUGGCUGGUGACGGAAACGAGACAAGAAGCCGAUACCGCUGCUGGUGUUCGCGAUCAUCGGUCAAUUCUUUUUUUCUGGAUCUUCGACCGUAAAUGAAUAAUUAGCGGGAAAGAUGAGGCGUCGCGUCGAUUUAAAUUUAAUUAUCCGAAUAUGGCUAGUGUUAAUUAGUAUCAAAAACAGUCAGAGUGAGAAUGCUGAACCAAGAGCAUUAGAAUUGUCAGUUCCAUGGAGACCCCUUCCCUACCACGUGCCUCAGCAGCAGCUGAUUAGUGUAGCCAGUUUUGAUACUACCAGUAAGGAUGAACUAGUUCAUAUUGCGCAGCACAAUGCGCAAAUCCUCAAGCAUUUUAAUCAGCCCAUCACCCAGUACCAGAACCAGAACACCUUCCAGGUACAAUCGGCCAGCCAGCAACAUCAUCAAUUACAACGCGGCCACACUCCUGGUCCCAAGUAUAUGACCACACCGCUUCUGCUGACUAAUGUGAGCCCCGCCAUCCACACCACCGCCCGGCAUUCCAGUUCAUACGGAAAAUCGGACCAAAUAACCACACUGAACAUUGUGCACCCAUCCACGCCAAAGAUCUCUCAUCUCGCUCCGGUUGGAGUAAAGUCGGGAAAAUUCAAUGCCCAGUUCAGGGAGCCUGUCCACAAUUCACCACCGGGGAUUCAACAAAAGUCCACCAUGCAGCCUCAUCCGGUUAUGAACAAGCUUCAAACACACAUGGCGGUUGCCUACAGACAGAAACAACCCGUACCAGCCACCUCAAACCGCUUGGAGCAUUUUGUCAUGCCGAAUCAGUUGUACGGUACCUACAUCCAAUUCGGACAGGCUUCUAGCCCCAUGCACACAGCAAAAACCAAAUUCAUCAGCCAACUCGCCAGCCAUCCUAGCUUUGAUGCCCACCUCAAAGGUUUACUGCAUGCUGGCGUUGGAGCUGGCUAUCCGCAGACAUUCUCGCAUAUGAAAAAUCUCCAUAAGAUGAACUACUUGCAGCAGCCAAACAAACUACAGCCGUUCUACAAUCAUAUCUCGUCAGAUGCGGAUCUUCCGAUGAAGUUGCUUUCGUCUGGCGAAAAAGAAUCAAGCUACAAUCCGACCACCACACCCAGUCCACUCUUCCCUCAUAUCCCACCAAGUGUUCUAACCCCUUUCUUUCAGCAGGUUCAACAGCAGCAGCAGCAAAAUAAAUACAGUUUCAAUUUGAAAACACAGCAUCCUGCCCCACCCGCCGCUUCACCAACUCCCACAACUCACACAUUCAAAGAGAAACCUCAUAAAAUACAGCAUCCUCAUUUCCAAUUCGAAACACAUCAAGUUCAUCCAACCCAGUUUGGUUCCUUCAAAGAACAUCAUGGAGGGGAAACGUUUGGUUUCACUUCUUACCAAAGCCAUCAGCAGCCACCAAUCGAUCACCAGCCUCACGAAGUGGCCAAAUUCAAAGAAAUCAAACAUCACAACGGAUUCAAUGAAAUACAUGAUGAAUACAGUAAAAAUCUAGUCCCACCACCACCAAGCACCCAGCAAGCAUUCCUACCUACUAUUCAAAAUCAUCCAGAUCCAAGCAAGGACCCGAUAGAAAUUCUGAACAAAUACAACAUAAACCCCCAUUCCCCGCUUCAGGAUGCAAACCGCUUCGCUUAUGAAUCAUUUGCGAAACCUGGAUCAUCUUCUCAUACGCACACCUCUACGCCCAGCUCUAUUCCAACAACCACUUCUUCCUCAUUUCAUUUUCCAUCGACCACAACUCCUCGCCAACCAUUCUAUUCACACUCGAUCACCUUCGGUGGUGAGCACAAAAACUACAACAGCCCCGUUCUUGUUACGCCCAUCAACGAUAACUGGAUAGGCCGGGAUAAGUUUACAACCACCGAGAAACCCAACAUUUUCAAAAAUCUUUUCCGUUCGACGGAAAGUGAAUACAAACAGCACAAGCUUAUGCACCCUGGCUAUACCGGGUUACCACCAAAUAAACGACCAUCAACAACGACCCCCGGAACGGUAUCAGAUGCUUCCACGGAAGAGCCCCUAAUCACUCACAGCUUCUUCACGAUUGAAGAUGCAAUCUCGGAUCCUACACUAAUUCCUCCCGGAAGUCGAAAUAAGUACAAGUAUACCACGGAAGCAGAAGAGAAUCGCUUAGACGAAGCCAACCCGGAAAUUGUAACCUUCGGUCCCUAUCUGGAAUCACAAGAACAGGGCACAACGACCAUAUAUCCGAUGUUCAAAUCCAAGGGCAGAAGGCGUCGCCCGAAGCCACAGCAAAGCACUGAAGUCUCGGCGGAAACCGAUUCCACGGAGAGUCCAAACAAAACUCGACUCCGAGCCCGAACGCGACCAACUACCGAAGCGGAAAACGAAACCAAAACUACGCAAUCGCCCCCCACAACUACCUUCCUCGCGGAAGAAAGCUCAAUCCGAAAGCAACGAAAGAAGUUGCCAACAAACUUCACCCGAAAUCGGUUCAGCCCAAGCGGUAACCGUGACGAGUCAGAUCAAGAUCGACCGAAUGGGGAUCAGCAUGAAGUUUUCACACAAGCACCACCGGUCAUCACGACGGCACCAAAUUCGUUCUUUAUCUUCAAUGGUAACGACAACAAUCAGUUUUCAUUCGGAGGCAAUGGUUUUCGGUCACGCUUCAGACCCGGCAAUGGGGAUCGAGCUACCAGUGCGGAACCAAAGCCCAUUCGUCAGAAAACUAAACUAAGCGAUGAACUGGACGAACUGUUCAAGUCGGAUGAGUUUACCCGCGACAACGAAAGUACGCGGCUUAAUUUUAAGCUCCCUAAUACCAAACCGAGUCAACGACCGCCGUCAGUUUCCUUCGGCUUCAGUACGACAACAACCUCCGCCAGUAUCAAUUCGGAUGAAAGCAGCGCAGAGAUCAAUAGAACUCGGGCGGAGCUCAACCGUCCUCGAUUCAGCAUUAAGGAGUACCGCAGCAAACUGAACAGAUCAUCAACGACGACGGUGGCGACAUCUUUCGGUACACCCGAUCUGGAGUUGACAACACAGGCAGCGACAAAACUUCGCUUCCCUACCAGAAAUCGUUUCCUGAUGAAUAGUCGUCCGAAUAAAACCAUUGACUCUAAUGAGGUGCUCUUGCUUAGUUCUAGCACUACCGAGAAGUCGACUGCGGUCAAUGAGACGACAACGACGAGGACUUCGUUUCGACCUACGGGCACGAGAAGCUACAAUAGGUUCACAGUGAAGAAGGCUACCACGGAUAUACCUCAGCAGAUGCCCUCUUCGACAACCUCCAGGAUAAUUAAUCGAGGUCGGAUACGGCAGCAGGACUCAACGACACAAUCGUCACUCAACCGAACUGCCAUUCCGUCAAGCCUGAACACCAACACACUUGCAAACCGUCGGCCAACUAAAAUCAGCCUUCGUCAACGCAUCCAGAACUUUAAUCGUAAAAAAGAACCUGACAGCACACAGAAAGACUCCGAGCAGGACAACAAUAGCUUGUUAGCUUCAUCGGACGAAACCAAAGUGCCGAUUGACGACCUAAGCAGUCUAGGUACGGUCGACACGCAGCAACGCUACGAGGACAGCGUUCCGGCAUCGUCGUCAUCCACCACCACGACCGAGGUGUAUCGACUUCCAGAGACGGCGAUCAUGAAAAUAUUCCCAAAAGAUUCCUCGUCCAACUCGUUCAGCGACGGGGACUGGGAUUUGAACAGUGCAUCGUCGGAUUACUCGAAGCGGGUGGUUGAAUUGACACUGUCCGCCAGCAAGGAGAAGGGUUUCAAAUCGGUCAAUAAGGGCCUGUUAUCGAGGCGGGUUCCCGGAUAUUUCACUCUGGCCACCGAGGAUCCGAUUCUUCCAAUUGAGGCGUUCUUCCCACAGGUUAAGAAAGUGAGUGCGUGAUUUUGCUAAGAUACCGAAUGAAGCGAGCAUGUUUCUGAGGUUGCAUGAUGAGUGAAUGAUAGUGUGCUGUUAACGAGUCGUGUUGAGUCCAAUAGUAUGUGCUGAUUAGUGUUGUAUGAGUGCGGAAAUAGACUUUAUUUCAGAGCAUUACGUAAAAGAUGCGCAAGAGAAAAUUAAUAAUGUCAGUGUGCGCUUUGUGAUCCAGCGGCUGGGGGAUUCAAGAUAAACAAUCAUGACCACCAUGUUGGCCAUGAGCGAUAAUGUCGCGGUUGUAUACGAAGCAUUACCUCGGACACGUUGAUGGAAGAGGCACAGUCGAAAUUGUUAAUUGUGUGGUUGUGAUCUGGCUAUUGUCAAUAUUAAUUGUUAUCAUACAACGUGCAAACAAAAAAACUCCUGUUUUGCCCUAUUUCCUGUUUGUGCUAGGUUUUGUUACUUUUAUUAUGCAUUAUUACCAGUUCACUGUUAACGCAAUUUUGCAGAACAGUUAACGAGGUUAGUUAGACGAGAGCGAGUUUCAGUGCAUGUUUUUAGCCAGAUAUCGGACGGAUGUUAUUUAUUCUAGUGAACGGAAAGAACCAUGUGUACCUUAGGCUGGCGUAACUUUUGCUGAAGUGCGGUGCAUACUAGGCAAGACAAGAGUUUGUUACUGCUGUAUUGUAUCUGUAAAUUUGAACUAUUUGAAUUAUUAGGGGUUGUAUCUACAAUAUACGGAAGCGAUACGUUCAAUUAUAGUCCCAAGCGAAUCUAGAACUAAG